AUGCUAAUAAAAUCGGAUCAAAAUUUAAGAGCAAUUAGUAACGUGCAAUUUUGUAAAGUUGUGGAGCACAAGAAGAUGAUAGAUAACCUGAAUGACAUUAUACAGAAUGAUAAUCUACUCCGUGCUGAGUUAGAUAUGAAGUCUGUCUCCUCUGUAAUUCAAAUGCUGAAUGUGCACAUCAAAAAUCAAGAUAACAGAAUUAAACAGCUUGAAAAGCAAAUUCCUUUAUUACUCCCGAAAGAAUUAUUCGAUCGUGAAAAAGCAUAUGUACAGGGCCGUGUUGAUACAAUUGAUAAUAACUCCCAAGAAAAUUCAAUUCAUAUCAACGAAAUUAAACAACAAAUCGAUAAAGACAAGAAGGAAAUCAAGAAAUACAUUAACCAACAGUUUGAUGGCUGCUUAUUCCAAAUCGGUGUUGAAAAAACAUCACUUUCCGAACAAAUUCAAAACGUAAACCUUCAAAUCGAAGAUCUCUACAAAAUAACGAAUGAACAGAAGAUCCCAGACAGUAUAUACCAUGGCUAUGAUACAUUACAGAAUCAACAAAAGCAAAUAAACUCGAUGAACAAAAAACUCGAAAGUAUUUACGAAAAGUACAUUAUUUUGUCUAAGGGCCAUGAAGAAAUCAAGUCCACGGAAACGAAACCUAAAAACGACAUUCUUCUUGAUUCAAUUCAAGCAGAUAUCGACACCUUACUUACAAAAGUCACCAAUCUUGAAGAAGAAAUCCAGCGAUUAUCUACAUCUAAAACUAAUAACAAUUCCGAUGACGAACAUCCCGAAAUCAACGAACGCGAUUUAUCACAAAAAGUUUCAUUCAAUCGUAAAGAAACAACUGCAGAACAACAAGAAUCACAACCUAUCACAGCUACUAUUACAUUCGAUCCUUCACAACUGGAAGAUCUCAAACAGAAAUUUGAAACACAAAACACUGUUGUCACAGAUUGCCACCGUAAGAUCAAACAGUUGAUCACAAGGAUCCGAAUCUUGGAGUCACAUAACAACAUCCAUGAACCUCUUUCUACAUCACAAACUAGUAGUCAGAUUUCAGAACAAGUUUCAGCAAGUAAUUCUAUGCUUGAGAUUCAGAAGAUGCAAGUUCCUAACACUUAUGAUAAGAACGAGCUUGUUUCAUUAGUUUGUAACCAAAUUAAGAAAGAAUUUGAUUUUGAUAACUACCAAAAGAACUGUAACGAUCUUAAGAAGACCAACGUUGAAUGUCUUAGUUCUCUUGAUCGUAAGGUCGACCGCCAAUUUGUUGAACGGUUAUUUGACAAAUUCCGUACUAUCAUCAACGGAUUGAACGAAAACGUCAACACAUUGGCAUCAAAUAUCUCCGGAUUCGCAUCAUUGAAAGAUGUUGAAGAACUGGCUAAAAUUAUCAAAAGCAGCCAAAAUGAAACACAGUGUUCAGCCGGAAAGCGUGGUCAAGUUUGUCUUUUCUGUGGAAGACCGCGUACAUCUGUCACUGGACAAAUCAGUCGUUCACAAGCAGUCAAACUUGGAUUUCCACCAACAGCACAUAUUGGUAGUGAAGGCAAUGUCAUUUAUGGAGAUAUUUCACUUGGAAAUACACAAUCACAGACAUUUAAUCCAUUACCACAGUUAAUUUCUUCUCAAUAA